GCUGUGACCCCCGUCUCCAGCAAGGCGGCCGCUCUUGGGUCUCAUCGCUAGGUGCGGAGCCGGGGAGCGGGAGUAAGUGAAUUUUUGAUCUAAUUUAAGUAUACAAUGUCUCGAAGGUAUGACUCCCGAACAACCAUAUUCUCGCCCGAAGGGAGGCUGUAUCAGGUGGAAUAUGCAAUGGAAGCUAUCGGCCAUGCUGGAACCUGUCUGGGGAUCUUAGCAAAUGAUGGUGUUCUGUUGGCUGCAGAGAGACGUAACAUACACAAGCUCCUGGAUGAAGUUUUCUUCUCUGAAAAAAUAUACAAAUUAAAUGAUGACAUGGCUUGUAGCGUUGCAGGGAUAACGUCUGAUGCCAAUGUCCUUACAAAUGAGCUGCGGUUAAUUGCCCAGAGGUAUCUACUUCAGUACCAGGAACCAAUCCCCUGUGAGCAGCUGGUGACAACACUCUGUGAUAUCAAACAGGCCUACACACAGUUUGGAGGAAAGCGUCCUUUUGGUGUUUCGCUGCUGUACAUGGGAUGGGACAAGCACUAUGGGUAUCAGUUGUAUCAGAGCGACCCCAGUGGAAACUAUGGAGGAUGGAAAGCCACAUGUAUCGGCAAUAACAGUGCUGCUGCAGUUUCUAUGCUGAAACAAGACUUCAAAGAAGGAGAAAUGACUUUGGAAUCAGCACUUGCAUUAGCAAUUAAAGUGUUGAAUAAGACCAUGGACGUUAGUAAACUAUCAGCUGAAAAGGUGGAAAUUGCAACACUGACCCGAGAAAAUGGAAAAACCCGCAUCAAGGUUCUGAAGCAGAAGGAAGUGGAGGUUUUGAUUAAGCAGCAUGAGGAAGAAGAGGCAAAGUCUGAACGUGAGAAAAAAGAAAAGGAGCAAAAAGAGAAGGAGAAAUAGAACUGCAAAUUAAUUGAGCUGCAGGUUCGUGUUCCAGUAAAACCAGAAGUUUGUUGGAAAUUCAAACGACUGCAGCGUUUUCAGGAGAGAAUUAGGCGAACCAGACACAACCAAACUACUUGUACACUUCGCACACCAAUUGUAUAUGCACUAGGAAUUACCACAUGGGUUUUUAAAAUAAAGAAUAAAGACAAAAAAAA